ACUAUUGUACGGAAGCUCUCAGCUCAGCAUCAAUACGCUCAGACCUGCACAGCCAAAGGAUGGACGCUGCGUACAAGAGGGUGAAUGGAGACCACAGCCCAGAGGAAGAGACGGAGGUUCCGGGCACAAGGAAGAGAAGGGGCUCCAUGUACCUGGAGGAAGAAACCAGCAAGAAGUCAGAGGUGAUAUCCUGCAUUUUCUCCCUGAAAGAAGAAGUUGGAGCUUUGGCCAAGGCCCUGCGACUCUUUGAGGACAAAGGAAUCAACCUGAUGCACAUCGAGUCCCGUCCGUCACGGAUGGACAAAGAAGAGUAUGAGUUCUUUAUCAGUGUUGACUCCAACUGUUCUCAGGCCCUAGACGAAGUUAUUGACAGCCUGCGCACACAAAUUAGUGGUCAAGUGCAUGAGCUAUCACGCAACAAACAGAAGGACACAGUGCCAUGGUUCCCAAAUGACAUUCAGGAUUUGGACCGCUUUGCCAACCAGAUCCUCAGUUAUGGCUCUGAGCUGGAUGCUGAUCACCCGGGCUUCACAGAUCCUGUGUACAGAGCCCGCAGGAAGGAGUUUGCUGACAUCGCCUACAACUACAGACAUGGCCAAAUCAUCCCCAGGGUGGAAUAUACAGAAGAGGAAAAAGCCACAUGGGGCACAGUAUUCAGGGAGCUGAAGACUCUGUACCCUACUCAUGCCUGCCGGGAACACAAUCGGGUCUUCCCCCUGCUGGAGAAAUAUUGUGGUUACAGGCCGGACAACAUCCCGCAGCUGGAGGACGUAUCCCGCUUCCUGCAAUCGUGCACAGGUUUCCGACUUCGCCCCGUAGCUGGCCUGCUCUCAUCCCGGGACUUCCUGGCCGGGCUCGCCUUCCGUGUCUUCCAUUCUACACAGUACAUUCGUCAUGGCUCCAAGCCCACAUACACACCUGAGCCAGAUAUCUGCCAUGAGCUCCUGGGACAUGCUCCUCUGUUUGCUGAUUCUGGUUUUGCCCAGUUUUCACAGGAAAUUGGUCUUGCAUCUCUUGGUGCCCCUGAUGAGUACAUUGAGAAACUUGCUACUGUGUACUGGUUCACUGUGGAGUUCGGCCUGUGUAAGCAAGGCUCUGAGAUCAGGGCUUAUGGAGCUGGCCUGCUUUCAUCAUUUGGAGAGCUGCAGUAUAGUCUAACCGACAAGCCCGGGCUAAAGCCGUUCGAGCCAGAAAAGACCUGCCAGCAGAAAUACCCCAUCACAGAGUACCAGCCUGUUUACUUUGUUGCUGAGAGCUUUGAUGAUGCCAAAGAGAAAGUCAGGAAAUUUGCAGGGAUUAUCCCCAGGCCUUUCUCAGUACGUUACAACGCCUACACCCAGAGUAUUGAAGUGCUGGACAACACCCAGCAGCUCAGGAACCUGGCAGACUCCAUCAACAGUGAAAUGGGCAAACUGUGUGAAGCCCUACGAAAACUGGAGUAACUGCACACCCAAUCACAUCUGUCUUCUUCCCUCCUACAUCAGCCCUGUUGAAAGGUUAUUAGGGGGCUUGUGGUUCUGCUUAGAUUUCUUAAAAAUAACUUUCUUUAUAUCAAAAAUAUGCAAAUUAGAUUAAUCAGCACAUAUGUGUAUACUAGCCUCCUGUGUAUUUUAGUGAAUAAAACAUAGCAUCGUAGUUAGAGGCAUUAGGGAGUAAGUAAGUAAGGUUAUUACUGUUAGCAUAAUACCUACAUAAGUGUAACUGAACUUACUUUUCAGGAUAAGUCUUCUUUUUUUUUUAACCCCAAAUCAGUGUUUGGCAAAUACCCUUUGAAUAACUAAUGAAUUUGAAAUACAAGGUGAACACUUUACUUCAAAUGUGAUGAAGUAAACACAUCUGAUUUUUUUCUAUGAUUAAAAACAAACUACUUUUAUGAUUAUAAAUUAAAUGUGUUGUAUGCAUGACAUGUAAUGAAACAAAUAAACAUUUAUUCUCUUGGACUUUCAUUUAUGCAUUUCAAUCCAUUUACAUCCACAUACAAACAGAAAGUGCUUCGUCUGUUUAAUACCAUUUUAUAAUACAGGAGAACAUAUUUGGCUAUUA